CAUUUAUCACGACAAUACAACUAGAGAAAUGUAAAAAUAUGAUAACAUAAUUUCACAAUUUUGUGAUUAACAAUAAACAUGGAUUAAAUUAGAUAUAUGCAAUAUACCAGUAUAUCACUUAGCUGUUAAUUCUGCAAUCGACAUGUUUCGAAACAAGUUUCUACACUUACUUAAAUCUAAUUUGAAAAUAAACAGUAGAAAAGUUUCGUGCAAAGCUCGUAGUAUUGCACCGGUAACUUUUGCUAUUCUAACUACAAUAAAAUGUGAAGAUAAAAAAUCAGAAAUGAAAGAUUUUUUUAAUACUGAUAGUUUAGAACACGAGUUUUUAAUACGACAAGCAACAACUGUUAACGUAAAUGCAGCGACUCAACUACUGACUGUAACAUUAGUAGCAAUUCAAGAUACGAGUGAAAGGUUAAGGGAAGCAUUGUCUGCAGAAAUUUGUCUUGUUAAACAAGCUCUAGAAUGGGGGGAAGAUAGCACACCUGCACAACACUGGGAUCAGCUUGUUGCAGUCAGAGGAUCUCUAUGUGACCUGAAUCAUAAUCUCAGAACACUAUUUAGUUAUAUGGAUUAUGCAGAGAAAUUAGCCACCGUUGCUGCUGAAAUAUCCUAUUUGUCUGGUAAUAUAGCUGCUUCAGAUGCUAUAUGUGAAAGAAUAGACCAUGCUAACAGGUCUUGUAACAACCAGAAGAAGUUAACCCAUGAGCUGCAACAAGAGAGUCUGGAGUUACAACAGCAAGCAAUUAUAAAUGCACCACACUUAGAAGACAAAUUAAACCCCAAAGAUAACUCUGAAUUGAAAUAAAAAGUAGAUAGCUAAUUUAA